CUUCUUUCUAUUAUCCUAUUAUUUUUUUUUCUUUUUGUAAUGUCAAGUAGUUUCAAUGACGAGUCUUGGCUAUUUAAUAACAACCUGGUAGAACUGAAGCCCAGUUACAAUAAUGAAACCUUACAGGAGCCUGUUCCUUUUGAAGAUUUUAAGUUUAGCUUCGGUAUGAAUCCGGAUCUUUCACCCAUGAUGGAUCCAUUCCUACAAGAACCUUUUAAUUUUAUGCCAGCAAGUAAUACUGUUUUGGAUGAAAACGACCAAAAGGCAUUCUCUAGUUUUUUGGAUACUUUCUUUAUGGACCCAGAUACACAAUUCCAAUCAACCCAAGAGAACAAUUUUUAUGAAUUUGAGUCAAAUUCCCCUCAACAAAAAGAAGACGAAGAGUACAGAAGAAACUCUAUUUUACAGUCGCUUGAUGAGCAAAAGCUGUUACAUCAACGGCUUAAUAUGAUUGCAUCACUACCUACUACAACAACAACAACAACAACAACAACAACAACAGGUGAUCAGUGCAGAAAUGAAUCAUCCUCUAAAAGUGUGACAUCGGAGGAAGAUAAUAUACCUCAAUCAAUAUACCUUCGUCAAAGUGAUUCUGUUUCUUCACCUUAUCUUCAUACAAAGAAACGUUCCAGUUCCAGUGCGCAACUCUAUACGAGACCCACAGAGAAAAAGGCCAGGACGAAUAAGGAAUUAUUAACUGAAGAAGAAAAAAGGGCCAAUCAUAUCGCCUCCGAGCAAAAAAGAAGAAGCACCAUACGCAAUGGCUUUAAAGAUCUUACAGAUCUGAUUCCUACUUUAAAAAACAUUAAUAAUUCAAAGAGUACAGUGCUCUUUAAGGCGGUUGAUUUCAUUCGUUAUUUAGAAAAGAGAAAUAAGGGCUUAAAAGAAAAAGUGGGGUCACUCCAGCUUCGUGUACAAGUGGAAAGUCGCAUGACGAGUAAACCUCAAAUGACUGCUGUUCAUCCACCAGCACCAGCGCAAGAAAAAAUAGAGAUGAUGAAGAGGUUAUCGCCCCCACCACCGCUACCAACAUCAUUAUCAUCAUCAUCAACAACAUCAUCAUUGUCAUUAUCAGUGUUACCAUCACUACCACUACCACAAAGUACCAUUGUAAAAACCAAACCAUUUAUGAAUAACCCCUCUCAUUUACAAGGGUUACCAGCAAAUGCUAGAAAUGCUUUAUUAGCACACAAGACACAACAAAAGCAGUUAUUAUUAUUACAGGAACAAUUACAAAUGCAUCAAAGGCUAAUUGCACAACAGCAAGAAUUAAAAGAAAAGAGCAUUAAGAAUAAUAAGCUACCACCUAUUUUAGGAAAAUAUGAUCAAUCCUCACUCUUGAAAGAACUGGAGGACAAUGCCAUUAGUGCACCAUGAUAAUAAUUAUUAUAAUAAGAAUAAAAAAAAAAGUUUAUGAAGAAGAUGCAGUAGUAGUAGUAGUAAUGGCAGAAUAUUUCUUUAGUAACACACUUCGUCUUUGUUCCCAUGAUUCCUUUUCGGGGUUCUUAUGACAAGAAGGUGGCGUUCGGUUCCAUUGGUAAUAGGUUGGAGUUUUCCUUAAACAGUUAAUCCCGUCCUCUUCGUCUUGAAUUUCUCCAUAAUAUCUUGAUCUCUGUUUCAUUAUCAUGUAGAUAAUAAGAACCAUUCCCAACAGAAUAAGGCCUGCCUAUUGUUAAUUUUUCUUUUUUUUUUUUAUUUUUUUUUGUACACCAUUGUAUAACCUACCUGCAUUUACCAUUGUAGACAUGCUAAUUAGCAAAACAAGGAUGUAAAGAUGAAGAUUAAAAUAAAAAAAAAGGAAAAAGGAAAGAAAAAAAAUAGAAGAGAAAGAAAUACUAGUUAC